UUUACAAAGUCAACCAUCAGACAGGAGAAGAAGUGAAAGGAGCUGACGAGAGUCACCAGAAGAAUCAAAGGACUGAACAAGUUGAAGCAGUGGAAGCCUCCUAAGAUGAAGACAUUCAGUGUUGCAGUUGCAGUGGCCGUCGUGCUCACCUUUAUUUGCCUUCAGGAGAGCUCUGCUGGCUCAUUCACUGAGGUGCAAGAGCUGGAGGAGCCAAUGAACAAUGAGGGUCCAGUUGCUGCACAUGAAGAGAAGUCAGAGGAGUCCUGGAAGAUGCCGUAUAACAACAGACACAAGCGCAGCCCCGCUGGCUGUCGCUUUUGCUGCGGUUGCUGUCCUAACAUGAGAGGAUGUGGUGUCUGCUGCAGGUUCUGAGGAUUCCUGCUCCAGCCUGGGAUUCACACAACAACCACUAAAUGUUCAUUUGUUAAGAUUUUUAUUUCUAAAGCAGUUUUCCAUCUUUUAGUAGUGGUUGUAAAUAUCUGAGAGUGUUUCUUGGAUUUGGCAGAGAAUGUGUCCUGACUGAUGUGACUGUAUCAUCGUCAUAUUAUUUCAUAUACUCAAGUGUAUAAUCAAUAAAGUUUACUUCUUCUGUAAUGUGAA